CGGGGUAUAUAGCCCCUCCCUACCACUGCACUAUCACCCACUAUCAACUGUACUACCAUUAACCAUUCAAUUGUUGUACCAGUUGAUAGAAUUAGAGAAAAUGGAAGGCCUCCUCUACGUGACGAUGCACCCCAAGGCAUCGCUCCCCCCCGCCCAAUUCCACGACUGGUACAACAACGAACAUGGCCCUCUCCGGCUGCGCCUCCCCUUCGUCACCAACGGCUUUCGCUAUCGCGCCGUCGACUCGCUCGAGCCAGAGUGGGUCGCCCUGUACGACAUCACCGACAUGGCCGAAUUAACCCGAGAGCCCUACCUUGCUCUUCGCGGCGAUGGCAUCAAAACCCAGCGUGAAAAGAAUACGAUGGCCCAGAUUGCCGUCGAUCGCCGGCUGUAUGAUCUGCUCGACGAUCAGAAAGCGCCCGGCUACGCUCCGCUGGAGGAUCUGACGGACAACGAGUCCGACGGAGCCGUUUUGAUCGCGGUUUCUUUUACUCUGUCGGAUCCGGCCAGGCAGGACGAGGUGGAUGCGUGGUAUCGCGAGGAGCAUCUGCCCAUGUUGUCGCGCGUGCCGGGGUGGCGUCGUUCGCGCCGCUACGUGACGUCGUCGAUUGAUCCCAACGCGCCGAAAGAAUUGAUUUCGCUGUAUGAAUACGCGGCGCAGAAUGGCCUCAACGGCCCAGAGCACCAGGCAGCGAUGAACACGGCCUGGGGAAACAAAGUCAAGAGUGAAUGUGUGGCUGACAAGAAGCGCCGCGUCUACCGUUGGGCAUACACUUUCGGCCCAGCCCCCAGAGAGCUGCACUCGCUGGCCUCGUCUGAGGUCGCUGGUCCGUGGAACUCCAACGAUCGGCGCACAAAGACGCUGCCCUCAUCCCGUCCCGCGGUGGAAUCCUUCAUCACCACCCCUGAUGGCGUCGACCUCCCCUAUCGUCUUGAGGGCAGCACCGACCCGCGAUCCCCGGUGAUCGUGCUCUCAAACUCUAUCUUAGUCGAUUACUCCAUUUGGGAUGGCUUCGUGGACGCUUUCCUCUCCCAUCCGGCAAACAGCAACUACCGCAUCCUGCGCUAUCUCACGCGCGGCCGGCUCCAAAAAUGCGGUGAAAAAGACAUCAACAUCGACGUGCUGGCCGGCGAUAUCGUCGCGCUGCUCGACGCCCUCCGCAUUCCUCAAGCCACCCUCAUCGGCGUCAGUCUGGGUGGUGUGACGGUGCUCAACACCGCGCUGCUGUACCCCUCGCGCAUCACCAAGUUCAUCGCCUGCGACACCAACUCGUCGUCGCCGGCCACGAACAGAAAGGCAUGGGACGAUCGCGUAACUAUGGCGGAGAACGACCGCGCCGUUUCCCCGGCCACUAACGAGACUAUCAUCGGGGAAUCGCUCGCGGAAGUCACCACCCGCCGCUGGUUUGUGGACGAGUCGUACGAGACUCAGCCAGCCCUUGCUGAGAGGAUUAAGAAUGUUGUCCGGGACAACAGUCUGGAGGGAUUUAGAAAGGCAGUGCAGGCGCUGUGUGCGUAUGAUGUGCGUGAGCGCAUGGCCAACGCGACUGUGCCUGGAUUGUUCGUUGCCGGGUCUGGUGAUGGCGUUCUUCCUCAGACGAUGCAGAAGAUGGCACAAGACCUCAAGGGCGAUGCUGAGCUCAAGAUCGUCGACAAGGCCGGCCAUCUGCCGAUGGUCGAGCAGCCGGAAGCGUUUACCAAGAUUGUCCAGGAAUUCCUCUAAGGUAUCUGUAACAUAGGAAAUAUACAUUAAGUAUAUACUAUAAAUUAUAAAUAGACCAUCAAACAUGUUCCCGUAUGCUCGACUCAUCCAUCGUCUGCG